CCCUUUUUAUUAUUAAUUACAGAGGCACAGAGAAUUAAAGAUAAUUUGUUCAACCCAAUGACCAAUCAAGAAAUUUAUGCCUUUUGUAAAUCAACAAGUUAAUUUUACAUUUUUACUUUCUUUCAUUUCAUGCCAGCUUAUACCUGUAUUUCUGCUGUUUCAGAUUGAUUAAUGGAGUCUUCCCAGUUUUUUGGAGCAUCAGCAGAAGAAGAAGACGAGUGUCACAGUACUGAAUCAGGAUGGACCAUGUAUCUUGGCUCCUCUAUCCAUGGUGAUGAUGAUGAUGAUCAACAUAGCUACAGCAAUGGAGGAAAUGGUGGCCGGAAUGGUAAAUAUUACUGUCAAGAAGAUGAUGACAGUGAUGAUUCUAUGGCUUCUGAUGCUUCUUCCGGUCCGAGUCAUCAAGACACGGCUCAUUUAAAGCGCGACGAUGACCGGAAUGAAUACGACGACGACGGGGACGGAAAAUAUUGUUCGGAGAGCAAGGUUAACAAGAUAAUGGAGAAACCGAAGAAAUUAGGUGAUGGCAGGAAGAAAUUAGCAGAAGUUGGAUUAAUGGGAAGCAAAGGUAAUAAUAAUGCUAACAGUAAUACUAGUCCUACUCAGAGUGGAUCAAAAGUGAGAAAAAGCAGUUGGUUGGGGAAAAGAAAAUAGUUAUUUUGUGUCCUUUUUUCUUUUGUUUUUGUUGCUAUUGCAAGAUAUGGAUAUGUCCAUUGGGGGAGAAAUAUGAAAAAAAAAGUAGCAAGGAUAGGGUACAACUUAUUUAUUUUAUAUUUUGUUAACUGUGUUGGACCAAUUUUUUUGAUGUUGUGGGAGUACUUUGAAAUA